UGAAGUGGACGCGAAGAAACUAACCCCAACAAUGAUAAUAUCUUUUAUUAGCUUCCUCUAAGUUAAGCUAAUUAUAUCAAACUCCAUUACUAACUAACUUUCUUUAUCUUUCGCUUUCAUCUCUCUCUUGUUGUAAUUACUUGGUAUUAAAAGGAGAUCUUUGUCACCACCUCAUAAUUCAUUCAUUCACGUCCCAUGUUCUAUCCAUCUAUCUCUGGUUCACUGGAGUUGCAACAGCCUUCGGCCAUGGAGAGGGAGGAAGGAGGCGUCAUUGUCAUUGGAAGGGCGGAGAUUGAUACCCGACCACCCUUUCGGUCUGUUAAGGAGGCAGUCAUGUUAUUUGGAGAAAAAGUUCUGGUUGGAGAAAUUUAUGGCAACAAGCUCAAAGAGAUGAAAGCUGAAGCUGGAGAAAGAGGGCAGAGUCGAUCAAAGAUUUCAGCCCUAACAGCUGAGCUAGAAGAAACAAAGCAAAGCCUGCAAAAGGCCAAAGAGGAAGGCAACUUGAUGUCAUAUCGAAUAAAAACACUGAGGGAAGAGCUUGAACAAACCAAAAAGGAGCUACAACAGGUCAUGGCAGCAAGAGAGUUCCAGAAGCAGCGGUUUGAUCCUGAUAUAGAAGACUUUAAGUUUAUGCAAAACGCAGCCAAAAUAGGCACCAUGACACGAGAUGAAGAGCCAGAGGAGUUUCAAAAGAAGAGAUACGUGAAAUUUGCUAGCCCUCCUUCAUUAGCUCAAGUUAUUGUCAACAGAGAAGAAAAGCUGGAAAGACCAACCUCGGCUAAGAAAGUUAGAAGGAAGCCAUUAAUCCCCAUAAUUGGAUGGCUAUUUUCCAAGAAGAAGGGAAAUAAAGAAGAUGAUCAGUACUAA